ACCGGUUGACGCUUGACAACUAACGUCUAACAGAAUCUGGAUUUGGAUUUGCAAACAAAACAAACGGAAACGGUUGUUUCGUUCGUAACAUAUAGAUUUAGCUAUUUUGUUUAAACUAUUUAGCCACGAUAAUAUAGGUUGAGCAGUAAUUCAUAUAAUGGCUCCAGAUUCUUUAAAAGUGAAACUCAUUUGUUGUUGUGAUGAGUGAGACCGACGACACAGAUGUUCUCUUGCUGAUUCCACCUAAUUUUUUCCUAGUGCAAAGCUCCGGCUCAGACGAUUCUCUGCUGGAGUCUUCUAGGACUGUUGUUCAUAAGCCCGCAUCGUGUACAGCACAAGUUCUCGGUAAAUUAGUUGGGCAAGUACACACCUUAGAAACUAGGUUAGAAAGUUUGGAACUAAACAGUGAUGUUUCCAGCUACGGUACUAUAAGAAGGCCUAAGACUUGGGAUACGACUGAUAGCAUCGACAGCCGAAGCUUAGACAGAAAGAGCUUUACAUUCCCACGAAGGCGUAAGAGAAAGUCAAGGAAACAACGUAGUCGUGAUGGUGAUUUGUCUUUGACAAGCUUAGACUCGAUCAGCACUCGCGGGAAACACAUCCCUCCUCUAAAACUCCAUGAAUUGGAGCAGUAUUGCCCAAAGCCUGCCCACAUCUUAAAUGAUAUUCAAAGUAUGGAUGGAGAUAUAAGCAGUAUUGUGUCAACUCCCAGUAAAAAGAAUGACAAGUUACUUUUACAUGAAAUAGAUGAAUUUCUUACAAAAGUUGAAAACUACGAGAGUCCAGACACUAAGUACAAAGAUCAAGAAGCAGCAGUUAGUCCAGAGAAUGUAAUAAAGGCCACCGGGGAUUACAUAUCUCAUAAAUUGGACUCAAAGAACAAUGGAGAUGAAGUUAGGCUGCCUAGUGGGCGCAUUGUGUCUAGUAAUAUAUUAGAUAAAUAUAUUUACUUAGUCAAAAGCAACAGUGCUUCAUCAAGAGAAGAGAAGCCUUCAUCUUCUAACUACAAAAGUAACAAUGAGGAAUCCACUGCUAGCCAGUUCGAAAGUACUUCUAAAGCUACUGAAACUUCUAAGCAGGAUACAAGGUCCCCUAGUAUUAGAAAACUUAAUUUCUCUGAGAAGGAUGUCCAACCAACAUCUACCCCGAAAAGACCACAGACCAGUUACUUGGAUACCUUCAGGCCGUCUUCAAACAAGAUUUAUGACAGGGCAUCAAAAGUGUUAGAGCAGUACAAGUCUCAGAGCUACAGCAGGAAUAACCAAGGCUCCAUGACUGAUAGUUACUUGUCACCUAAAAAGGAUGAAUUCAAAAUGCCACAAAUGAGGCCAUUCUACCCUGACAGCAAGGAUGGCAAGCAAAACAAAUACUUGGAGACCAUAGACACGGACCUGCUUAGUUUGAGUGAGCUUUGGGGGGAGAAAGGAGACAGAGGGGAGAAGUAUGACAGUGUUAAGCUGGAGGAAGAAAGACUCAAACGAGAGCACUGUGAAUCCAUGAUACAACAACUACAAAAGAAAAUUCUGGAGCAACAAGAGAAGCUAGCAGUAGCAGUUAAAGUGGACCGUGCGAAAGACGCGGCUAUUGCUAAGCUAAGAGAAGCGUGGCUGAAACUCACUGGCAACUUAGACAAGGCAGAAGAGAGACAUAGAGCAGCAUUGGAUAAGAUGGUCAGAGAGGUGGAGAACUUUCGAGUGGUAGCUGAUGAUGCUCAAAAGAAAACCAGUCACUUUGAAGCAGAACUGUAUAAGGCGUUAGACUUAGCUCACGACUACCAAGAGAAGUGCAAGCAGAUGGCAACAGAGAAGAAAGAAGUGGAAGAGAAGUUGGAGAAGGAAGUAGCGAGCAGAGAUGACGUCAUUAAGAGCAAAGAGAGAGACUUGGAAGUGUUGAAGGAGAAUUACGAGACUAUCAUGAGACUUAACAAGCAGUCUGCUGAUUGUGUUAAAAAUAUUGAACAUGCUUUGGAAAAGGAAAAAAUAGAUCAUGAGGAGACAAAACGGAAAGCAAGUGAGUUGGAUCGUAAGAUACUGUCGCUGGAUGACGAGCUGACAUUAAUGUCUGAGGAGCGAGACCAGUUGAAAGUGAAGGUCAAUGAAGAGAGGUCGAGAUGCAACAUCCUCGAGAGACAGUUGGGUGAUAAGGAAAACCACACUACUGAUCUGAUGAAGAAAUGCGACAACUUGGAAAGCGAAGUGCGAACCCUGCGCAAACAACUAGACCUGCAGAAGACAGAACUAAAGUCUCACUAUCAGAAGCAACUAGAGGACGCGGUGCUGGGGAAGCUGCAGGAGUUCCAGCAGCAGCUGGACCUGGCCGAGCGGGAGAUGGAGGCCGACGCCAGCAGCAAGGAGACUGCUCUAGUUGAUACUUACAACAAACAGAUCGCUAGGAUUGAAGAACAGCACAAACUAGAAAUAAAUGUUUUGGAAGAAAAACAGAGGGAAGAAAUUAAAUUGUACAGACUACAGUUGGCUCAGGCUAGCGAAAAAAUUGGAUUGCUUGAAAGCAAGGUAGACGCUUACCGCCGCCGCCGCGGUCAGAUCGCGUCGCAGCUGCACAGCGUGAUGGAGUCGCAGUGGCGCCAGGCGCUGCUCAUCCUCACCAACGGGAACUCCGGCGUGUCCGCGCUAGACCUCAGCCGCGCCGAUAGCGCUCCCCCGUUGGCCCCGCCGCUGGGCGCACUGCCCGCGCGCGACCUGCUCCGCGGCGACGAGCGACGCGACCGACUCAACCUGGACGGACUCACAGACAACGAACUGCAACAGUACGUUAAACUGCUUCUAACCAAGCCCCCGAACUUUGACGGCAGCGGCGACAACGCGACGGAGCCCAGUCGCGACCUCAACGAGGAGCCCACCAGCGACCGCCCCGAGCGCGGCGACAAGCGCGCCAAGCGGGGCCUGCACAACAAGCCGCCCUGGAAGGCAUAGGCAACGACAUAUACACUUAAAUGUUCUGAUAAUUGGAUUAUAGGAAUAUAAGCCCUAUUUAUAACGAGCAAGGGCUUACAGUGAUAUACUCCAAGACAACCCCACAGCGAUUUAUGGCCUUGAGCGAGCCUGAAUACGUAUGACUUGUUCACAAAAAUUAAAAUAGACUGCACGGAUAGCCGAGUGGUUGAGGUCACCACGCCAAAACCACUGUACGCGUCAUGUCGCAGGAUCGAUCCCUGAGUAGGACAAGUAUUUGUGUGAUCCACGAAUGCUUGUUCUGAGUCUGGGUGUCUUUGUGCAGGUGAUUUGUUUGUU